UUUUAGAACGACACCUUUUAAUUUUACGACUCGUAAAACGCAUUUUUCUAAGGUUGGAGGUUGUUUGGGUUAAAUCUGUCUUAAUGAAAUAAUACAGAUUAAACAAAGGAUGACCAUUAAUUUAACGCUUCGUACACUUUUACACGAAAUAGAUUUAAAUAACUACACAAACGACGUUUGACUGGACUCAGUUUUUAAGAUUUUUUUAAAGAAUUAAUUUAUGAGCUUCAACAGUAACAUUCACGUUUCCGCCUGUUUAAUUGUGACUAAAGUUCUUACCAGGUGGAUAAAUUCCUCACUGCUUACAUUGUACUUACACCGUUUCCACACAAUAGCGGCAUUAGCGUCCACUUGAUCACGGUAGGUGAAGGUGAUGAUGAUGAUGGUGAAGGUAAUAACGCUCCCCCUUCUGCUCUCUGCGCGACUUCAUCACAGUUGUAUCAGAGAUCAGGACGCGCUCACUUGCACCUUUUUAAAGAGCAAAAUAAACAUUAUUGACAGUGUUCCGGCUUCGAUUAGUGAUACCUCACGCGUACAAUGGGAUUAUUGGCAGCCGCAUUAAGAACACGGUGGUUUAUGUGUGUGUUUGUUAGUUACAGUAGAUGGAAGUGAAGCUUAGAGACGGGAGAGGCGCGGAGGACACAGGUUCCCGGUAGUUUGUGCCCAGAUGCGGAAAAUGCAAAGUGGAAUUUUUUGUGCGUUGCAUGUGUGCGGGGGCAGAGUUUGCGCUUCACAUGGACUCAAUUUGCAUAAAAAGAGCCGCUUGUUAUUUCAUCCCCACCUCGCGCGCAGCAGUGACUGGGCUUCGGACUCUAUGUGCUCCUUGGGCUCGCAGCAUCUCUCUGCGUGUGUACGUGAGCGUGCGUAAAGACCGACAGGCUUGAGCGCUUCAUUGCGAUUCACCGGGGACCCCUGCGCGCAACAAGAGCCCCCCAUGGGUGCAAUAGUGCAAACACAGACGGCGGUGAUUGGCCAGAGGUUGAUCAGAUGGUACACUUCCCCUCUGUAUUCAGUGGCACCUCACAACCCCCCCUUUCAGCAAAAACCAAAUCUCCGAUAAAGUAAUGGCAAAACCACUUGGACUAUAAAAGACAACAAAUCAUAUUCCUCCGGAGUAUAUACACCCUGUUGUCCACCCAAUGAGUUCCUAUUUUGUUAACUCAACUUUUCCCGUGUCCCUACCGGGAGGACAGGACUCUCUCCUGGGUCAGAUACCGUUAUAUUCCUCGGGAUACACCGAUCCGUUAAGACACUACUCCAACGCGGCCACAUAUGGAGCGGGCAACGUGCAGGACAAGGUUUACCCGGCGUCCUACUACCAGCAGACGGGCGCGGCGGCCGCGGCCAUCUACGGCCGCGGUGGCGGCGCCGCGUGCGACUACAACCCGGUCGGGACCUUCUACAAGGACGCCGAGGGCUCGUGCGCCUUCUCCGGCCGCGACGACCAGCCUCUGUUCGUGGCUCAGGAGCAUCAGCAGCGCAAAGCGGAGUGUCCGGACGCGGCUGUCAGCAUGAGCGGCAGCGUCGACGACAAGUCCUCCACGCUGAUCUACCCGUGGAUGCAGAGGAUGAACGCCUGCUCCGCCGAUACACUCCUACAGAUUUUGAGUUCAGUUUCAGGUCCCUUUGGCAACAGUGGCCGCAGGGGACGACAGACCUACACCCGCUACCAGACUCUGGAGCUGGAGAAGGAGUUCCACUUCAACCGCUACCUGACCAGGAGGCGCCGGAUAGAGAUCUCCCACGCCCUGUGCCUGACGGAGAGACAGAUCAAAAUCUGGUUCCAGAACCGCAGGAUGAAGUGGAAAAAGGAGAACAAGCUCCUCAAUCCGUCAAAGACGCCGGAGGAGGAGGAGCAGGCGGAGAAGAAAAGCUAAAGAGGACAAUGAGGGAACGGCACUGCUAAAAUAAAAUGUAUUAUUUCUUUGUAGAUACAGUCCUGCAAAUCUGAUGUUAGAGACGUGUAGAGUGAUAGACUUUAUUUCAGCAUCUGCACGGUGAUGAUGUCCGCAUUAGGUUAAAAUCAGGUCCUCCUCUGUUUGUCCUUGUGCUCGUGUCUUUAUUUAGGGGACUAUGCAAAAUCCGCCAAAAUGUAAAUAAUUUUUAGCAUUUAGUUUUGGACGAUGUUGUUACCUCAUUAUCGUAUAGGCCUACUGAGUUUUAUUAUUAUUAUUAAAAUUAUGACUAUAAUUAUUAUUAUUAUCAUGCUUCUGGUUUUCACGUGACAUUAAAGGAGGCUUCGUCCUUUCACUGUCCAUCUUGUGGUGUAGUUGUUCUGAUAGUCUAGGCUCGUUGUUUACAGCUGUGCCAUCGACGGUUCGACUUGUACAGAGAACAAAUGUUACAUGUUAUUUAUUGUUCACCUGUGUUCAAUGCACAUCUGGAUAUUGUGUGCAAUAUUUUUGUUUAGGAAAUUGUACAUACAAAUAAAGGCUUUUUGAUGUAUAUUGGAAAA